CCGAGAUCCCACCCUGAGCCCCCCAGGACCCGCCGGAGCCCCCGCACACAGCCCAGGACAUGGUGCAGGGUGAAGAGCACAGAUAAAGACCCUCCCAGCACUCACUCCAGAGCCUGUCCCGCCCGUCCCGAGGGCUCCAUGCGGCAGGACACGGGCUGAUGCCCUCAGCUCACCCCGCCAUGGAUGGGGGGAACAGCUUCCCGCAGCACCAGCAGCCGGGAGAUGCCCUGUGCAGCAUCCCCGGCCUCCGCCCCCAGCUCGCCCUGCCGGACAUGGAGAAUUCCAUGCUGGCCGCCAACCCUUGGAGUAGCUGCUACUCUGCCUCUUUCCCAACCUCGUCCUUCCCAAGUGAAAACCAGCAAUAUUUUAACCUCCCUCAGGAUUUUUAUAUGGAUUCCAUCAGCAGACCACAUUUCUUUGAUACAAACUAUGCAACUGUGGACCCCGCUGACUUCUUACCAAAAAAUGGGGAUUUUCCUCAGGAUUCUUCAUACCUCGAUGAGCUCUCCAACAACUCCCUGUUCUCGUCCCCCGCGGAUUCCCUCUCGGACAUCGCGGAUCCCAAGGACUUCCUGCCCGCCGACAGCCUCAACCACGUGCCAACACUAUGGGAUGUGAACACGCCGCAGAACCCCAUCGAGCUGUUCUCAUCCAGCACACCAUUCCCUGGCCUGAAUAACUCCCAUGACCACGUUCCUGCUGUCCCCAACACCCCGCUCCUCAUCAGCUACCAGUCUCAGGCUCCUGCAGAGGAGGAGGAUGAGGGUGAGGAGGAAGAAACGGAAGAGUUGGGGCAAACGGAGACCUAUGCAGAAUACAUCCCUUCAAAGUCCAAGAUUGGGAAGCACCACCCUGACCUGGUGGUUGAGACGAGUACCCUGUCCAGCGUCCCCCCCCCUGACAUCACCUACAGCCUGUCCCUGCCGUGCUCCGUGGCUGACAAGGGCUCCCUCUCUGCACUACAGCUGGAAGCAAUCAUCUAUGCCUGCCAGCAACAUGAAGUUUUAUUGCCCAGUGGGCAGCGAGCUGGGUUCCUCAUUGGGGACGGUGCCGGAGUGGGAAAGGGCAGGACCGUCGCGGGCAUCAUCUUUGAAAAUUAUCUUAAAGGGAGGAAAAAAGCUCUGUGGUUCAGCGUCUCCAAUGAUCUCAAGUACGAUGCUGAGAGAGACCUGAAGGACAUCGAGGCCUCCCACAUUCCUGUGCAUGCUCUGAACAAGAUUAAAUACGGUGACACAGCUACCUCAGAAGGAGUCCUCUUUGCCACCUACUCGGCGCUGAUCGGGGAAAGCCAGGCCGGGGGACAGCACAGGACGCGCUUAAAACAGAUCUUGGACUGGUGCAGGGAAAACUUUGAUGGAGUUAUCGUGUUUGACGAAUGCCACAAAGCCAAAAAUGCCAGCUCUACCAAAAUGGGCAAAGCAGUGCUGGACCUGCAGAACAAGCUGCCUCAAGCAAGGGUUGUCUAUGCCAGUGCCACAGGUGCCUCGGAGCCAAAAAACAUGAUUUACAUGAGCCGCCUGGGGAUCUGGGGGGAGGGAACCCCGUUCCGAGCCUUCGAUGAGUUCCUGCACGCGAUUGAGAAGAGGGGAGUCGGGGCGAUGGAGAUCGUGGCGAUGGACAUGAAGGUCAGUGGGAUGUACAUUGCCCGGCAGCUCAGCUUCACUGGGGUGACCUUCAGGAUCGAGGAGAUCCCGCUGGAUGAGCAGUACAAGGCUGUCUAUGACAAGGCAGCCAAGCUGUGGGCAGAGGCCUUGAUGGUGUUCCAGCAGGCAGCCGACUGCAUCGGGCUGGAGUCGCGGAAGUCGCUGUGGGGUCAGUUCUGGUCGGCUCACCAGCGCUUCUUCAAGUACCUGUGCAUCGCUGCCAAGGUGCGGCGGCUCGUGGAGCUGGCCCGGGAGGAGCUGGCCAGGGACAAGUGCAUCGUCAUCGGCCUGCAGUCCACGGGGGAGGCUCGCACCAGGGAGGUCCUGGACGAGAAUGAUGGGCAUCUCAACCGUUUUGUCUCUGCUGCAGAAGGCGUCUUUCUAUCACUAAUUCAGAAGCACUUUCCUUCAACCAAAAGAAAGAGAGAAAAAGGAACUGGCAUUAAAAGAAAACGGCGGCCGCGGGGCCGGUGGCCCAAGGCUCUGCGGGGCCUGUGUGACCCAGGGGUCAUCAAGAUCAGCGACGACAGCAGCACCGAGUCCGACGACUCGCCCAGCGACAUCAACUCCUCCCCGGAGUCCCUGGUGGAGACGGACGACGUCAUCUUCGUGGAGCAAACGUACACCGGCUGUGCCGCCGAGGGUAGUUUUCACAUGCUGCCUUCCCAGAAAGAGCUGCACGGCCUGAGGGAGCUGGAGAUGGUGGAAAAGAUGAAGCAGGACCUCCUGGCAAAAGUGCAAGCACUGGGCAAAGAGCUACCUCUCAACACCUUGGAUGAACUGAUUGAUUACUUUGGGGGCCCAGAGAAUGUGGCUGAGAUGACGGGACGGAAGGGCCGCGUCGUCCGCAGGCCCGACGGCUCCGUGGUGUUCGAGUCCCGCGCGGAGCAGGGGCUCUCCAUAGACCACGUCAACCUGAAGGAGAAGGAGCGCUUCAUGAACGGGGACAAGCUCGUAGCGAUAAUCUCGGAGGCCUCCAGCUCAGGGAUCUCCCUCCAAGCAGACAGACGGGUGAAGAACCAGAAGCGCCGGGUCCACAUGACCCUGGAGCUGCCCUGGAGCGCGGACCGGGCCAUCCAGCAGUUCGGCCGGACGCACCGAUCGAACCAGGUCUCUGCUCCAGAGUACGUGUUCCUGAUCUCAGAGCUGGCAGGGGAGAGGAGGUUUGCAUCCAUCGUGGCCAAACGCCUGGAGAGCCUGGGUGCCUUAACUCACGGGGACCGACGGGCCACCGAGUCCCGGGACCUCAGCAAGUACAACUUCGAGAACAAGGUGACAGGGCUGCCCUGGGGCAGCAUGCUGUCCUAACUAGGACAGACUGCUGAGGGGAGGCUUAACCCCAAAACACACCAAGUGUCUUCUGCCAUUUCAGAAAUGAAGCAAGGGCUCAUCUCUGUGGGGAUCUGCUGCAGUCAGAUGAAGUAUGGCACUGUCUCGGUGGAGAAGGACUGCUCCAUCACCAAAUUCCUGAACCGCAUCCUGGGCCUGGAGGUGGACAAGCAGAACAUGCUCUUCCAGUAUUUUUCUGACACCUUUGACUAUCUGAUUGAGAAGGACAAGAAGGAGGGCAAAUACGACAUGGGCAUCCUUGAUUUAGCACCAGGAGUGGAUGAGAUCUAUGAGGAGAGCAAGGAGGUCUUCCUGACCCCGGGGCACCCGCAGGACGGGCAGGUCGUGUUCUACAAGAUCAGCGUCGACAGAGGCUUAAAGUGGGAAGAAGCUUAUGAGAAGUCGCUCAAACUGACAGGAGCCAACGAAGGGUUCUACCUCUCCUACAAGAUGCGAGGUAGCAAAUACACCUGUCUGCUGGCAGAGCAGAGCCGUGGGAAGAACUUCAUCCUCUACAAGCCAAAUAUUGGGAAGCAAAGCCAGCCUGAGAGCCUGGACAGUCUGCAGAAGAAGUACCGGCGGGUGAUGCCCGAGGAAGCCAAGGAGCACUGGGAGAGCAGCUACCACUUCUCCUUGAAGAACUGUAACCACGCCCUGUGGAACAAGAGCUGCAAGCUGAUCCAGGAGGGGAAGGAGUGCUUCCAGGGCAUGCGCCUGCGGCACUACUACAUGCUGUGCGGGGCCCUGCUGCGGGUGUGGAGCAGGAUCGCCGGCAUCAUGGCCGACAUCACCGCCAGCAGCUACCUGCAGAUCGUCCGCCUCAAAACCAAGGAGAAGAAGAAGCAAGUUGGGAUAAAGAUCCCCGAGAGCUGCGUCCACAGGGUGCGGGAGGAGCUGAAGCAGAUGGACCAGGACGUGAAGCGGAAGCACAGCCGGCUGCUCCAGGCCCGGGAGCAGGGCCCACCCUUCUCCCUGCCCCUGCACCUCCUGCCAGGGCCCAGGCUACCGCUGUCCUUGCCCUCCCUGUGCCAGGACGAGAUCCUGGACUUGACCUGCAGCCCUCCCAGCAGCAGCAUUCCCGACGUGGUGAUGAACUCGGAGCCCGGAGCACUGUGCUUCCCCUCGGAGCCCCCCCUGCAACCCCACCAGCAGCACCAGUUGCCCUUUUGCUUUGGCCUGGAGGGUGGUGUGGCCCCCGGCCCCUCACGGCACGAGCCCCCAGCGCCGCCCCCCCCGCCGCCCCUGCAGCAGCCACAGGAGGAUUUUCUCCAGCAAGAUGGGAGUAUCAAUUUUAGAGAGAUCCUGGAGGACAUGCUGAGGACGUUCCCCCAGGAGAACCUGCUCCCCCAGGAGCGCCAGAGCGUGAUCCAGUUCAGCGGGCCGCACCUGGAUUUCUGAGUGCCAGCCGGGAAUGCCAGCGGAGCUCGGCCGCUGUGGAUCUGCGUCCUCUGGGGCAGAGGUGAGAGCUGAGGAGCCCUGAAUGUCCUGCCCGUUUGGACUGACCCUUUUGUGGUUUUGAGGGAGGAAACAGGUUUGGGUGGAACGUGCCUGGGGGAAACCGAGUGGGUUCUGCUGGGCCGGGGGGCUCUGCUGUGUCCAGUCCUGCUCACAGGACUGUGUGGGACUGAGGGGAGACCCCCCUCCUCUGCCCACCCCUCACAGACUACUGAGUGUCCGAGCCAGGCCAGGCCUUGCCCAGCCCUCCAGCCCAGCCCAGCUCUGUGGGGCCACAGCCGGGCUCCGGAGCCGCCCGGUGAGUGGUGCUGGUCCAUUAGGGAAGGGUGGGAGCCCAGGCCCCCAGUUUGGGCCACCCCAGCCUGUGCUGGAGGGCUGGGAUGAAGGGCAAGGGAAUGCUGUCCCAGCAGAGCUGGGAGCUGCUGAGCUCAGCUGUCCUCGGGUAGGGCUGAGCCAGUGUACUGAGAGACCCAAAACUGCCUGCACUGCCCUUCCCUUCCUGGGAAGGAACCUUGGGCUGCUGAGCUCUGUGGGAGAGGCUGGAGCUGGAUGCACCCCCACAGUGACAGAGCUUGAGUCUGUCAGAGCUCAGCCAGGCCAGGACCAGCAGGAUUCCCUGGAGCAGAAGGGCCACGUGUCCCCUGUCCUGCACUUUAACCUCGCCGGGUCGCCGUGACCAGCCAUGCUUUGGCCAGUUUCCUGCUGUCACAUGUUGUCCCUUCACCUGGCUGUCCUGCUGGUCCUGCACUGUCCUUGGCUAGACCAUGGACCCCGGCACGAGGGUCUGGGACUGGCAGCCCAGCCCUGGUCACUGCUGAUCUUGGGAACAGCCACUCCCAGGCCACUCUGAAAGGGAAGAGCUCCCUGGUGAGUGCUGAGUGUGCAGCCUGGGAGUCACUGCUCAGGGUGUGCAGUGUCAGGGUCACUGCUCAGGGAUGUGCACUGUGAGAGUCACUGCCCAGGGUGUGCAGGGUCACUGUUCAAGGUGUGCAGGGUCACUGCCCAGGGUGUGCAGUGUCACUGCUCAGGGUGUGCAGGGUCACUGCCCAGGGUGUGCAGUGUCACUGCUCAGGGUGUGCAGGGUCAGUGUCACUGCUCAGGGUGUGCAGUGUCACUGCUCAGGGUGUGCAGGGUCACUGCCCAGGGUGUGCAGUGUCAGUGUCACUGCCUGGGAUGCACAGUUUGGCUGCUCCUGCUGCAACCUUGCUCUCGGAUACCAAAGAGCAAAGGCUGUUUUGCAAGCACUGCCCCACCCCCUGUCCCACAGCUGGACCAGCUGCCUCCUCCUGGGACAGAGAUGGCCCUUGGCCACCUCCAGCACCUCCCCUGAGCUGCUCCUCUGCCAGCCUCCCUUUGAUGGGUUUCCUUUCUCUGCUGUCACUCAUCGAGGUGUUUCCUAAAAGUGGCACUGGGAUGUUUCCAGGGAAGGACCUGGGACCUUCCCUGGGGUCCAGCCAGGAAGGCCUGGGCUGGGGUCCCCCGUGCCUGAGAGGUCAGCGUUGCAAGUGCCUGGCAGUGUCCCCUCCUCUGGGCAGAGUGCUGGGACCUGCCGUGUCCCCCCAGGGCUCUGUGAGGUGUUGGGAGUUGCUCUGGGUCUGUGUCUGGAGUGUUGUGCUGUGCCCGAGGCAGGAGCUGCCUUCCCUGACACCCCGAGGUCACGGACCUGCCCCGGUGCCACACGUGUGGGCUCAGUUUGGGGUUACUGUGGUCCCUGUCCUUCCCCCCUCCCCAGCUGGCAGCUGCCUCCCACCACCCGUUGGGCUGGAGUCAGUCCCUGCUGUCAGGGGCACAUCUCACUGCACCCAAGGAAACCUCCUUUACCUCAAAGUGAUCACCAAAGAUGGGGGGAGCCCCCUAUGCCCUGCUGCUGCCCCGGGGGGCUCCUGCUCUCCCCCAGCUCUGCUCCUCUCGCCCGCAGCAGCGUCCCCGGGGCCGGGCAGAGCCAGGCUGCCCCUCCCCAGACCCUCCCCUAUUUAAAGCACGUCCCAGCCCUCCCCAUGGCAGAGAGGCCCCAGCUGCACCUCCUGCAUCUGGCACGGGGCUGAAUUCUCAGCAAGGAGGGAAAAAGACGCCAGGAAAACGCAGCUCAGAGAGGCUGAAACUCAGGAAUAACGAGGGGGAACUCCCCGCUGGGCACCCUCCGCCAUCACCGGAGCCUUACCUGGUGGCUUUGACCUUAACCUUAAAAUAUAUGCAAUCCUCCCUCCCUGGUCUCUGGGAAGACAGAGAGCACCUUCAAGGAAUCCCUUCCCUGCCCCAAUCCUGUGUUUUGUCAGGGUUAAUAAUAUGUAACAUUAUCUUUUAACUAAAUUAUUCUGCCGUUGUCCUACUGAUUGUAUUUUUAAUGAGUCCCUGUUUUCUUCCCUGAUACCUUUUUGUUGGCACUUUUUAAUCUGCUUGUUGUUUGCCUUUGGUUUCUAUGUGUAUUUAUAAUUGAUGGAGUUGUACAUAUGUAAAGAGAUUUUUUUAGAAUAUGUGCCUUGGACUAAUCAUUCCUGAAUUUUCUACUUGCCUCAGAAGGAUAAUUUUUCAUUCUGCUCAGUAAAAAUGGAACCGAA